ACAUUUCGAUCAAUUCCCCCCUCCCUUUCAGUCAGCCUUGAAUCCACCCACCCCCUUCUCCCAAGGCUGGUCCUUUUGAUUGACUGCCAACAGUUUGCACAUUGAUCUGAGAUAUCACGAUAAUAUCAACUCGCGGAGUGUCGAUUUAACACACAUUAUUCAGUUUACAAGAAGGACCAUUACCUCGUAUUGCCAGCGGCCUUUUCCUGGCCAUCCUCCUUCAGCAUGUCAUCCCUCUUCGAUGCCGUUCUGCAGUCCGAAUUGGGCUCGACGGCGGGCUCUCGUCAUCUGCACUCGGACCAGAUCCCGAGCUCACGACCGCAGCCGCCCUCAGAAAGCAAUGGACCGAUGAGCGAUAUGCAUGGCUAUCCAGACGAGCAGGGAGCAGAUUCGAACGCUUCGACCGUCGGCCGCCUCCGCAAUCCCUAUCUCCCUCCUCCUCCCCCAGUGACCGAUGUUGCAGGAGAGAAAGUGCAGCAAGCAUUUGAGGAACUGCUUGAGACAUACAUGGAGGAGCCCUCACUCUCACAACCACCCCCGCCGUCGGCAGAAAUUCUGAGCGACAAGUACUAUAUCGCUCAAAUCCGAGGCAUGGCCAAAUUCGAGCUUUCAACACUCUACGUGGACUUUACGCACCUCACCUCCUUGAGCAAUCCCAUUCUCGCAGACGCAAUCGCCAACCAAUACUAUCGCUUUCAGCCCUUUUUGACCAAGGCCUUGAACAACUUGAUCGCCAAGUAUGAACCGGAGUACUUCGCGGCACAUCGUCAGGCCACCGCCACUAGCAGCAUCUCUUCACAAGCCGGUACCUCUAUGGUGGCGGGUAAUUCAUCCGUGUCCGAUAAUCCCGAGUUGGAGCGCGAUAUUCGCGAGAAGACUAGACACCAGCAAACUGAUCGACUAUUCUCGCUGGCUUUUUACAAUCUACCCCUGGUGUCCCGAUUGCGCCAACUUCGGACCUCUCAAAUCGGUAAACUAGUUUCUGUAUCAGGUACAGUUACACGUACCUCUGAAAUUCGGCCCGAAUUGUCCCUUGGAACCUUUACCUGUGAACUAUGCAAGGCAGUAUGCCCCAACGUGGAACAGACUUUCCGCUACACUGAACCUGCGCAAUGCCCGAACGACCUCUGCGGGAAUCGCACCGCCUGGCGGCUGGACAUCGGCAAGAGUACUUUUGUCGAUUGGCAGAAGGUUAAGUUGCAGGAGUCCUCUCACGAGAUCCCGACUGGCAGCAUGCCGCGGACAAUGGACGUCAUCCUUCGAGGGGAGAUGGUUGAUCGUGCUAAGGCCGGUGAGCGGUGCAUCUUCACUGGUACUUUGAUUGUUGUACCCGACGUGAGUCAGUUAGGACUGCCUGGUGUGCGCCCGGAAGCUGUCCGUGAUGAUGGUGCUUUCCGGGGGAGUGACAUUGGUGGUGGCGGUGUUAGUGGUCUGAAGGCUCUCGGUAUCAGAGACCUGACGUAUCGACUCGCUUUCCUUGCCUGCAUGGUGACGCCUGACACAACUACUCCUGGUCAACAGACCAAACAGCAAUUGAAUGGCCAGUCACAUAACAUCUUAGCUUCGCUCAACCAGAUUUCAGAUCCCGAGACCGACGAAGAUCAGGCGCAGGAGGCUUUGCUCCAAAGUCUUACGCCCUACGAGGUUCAGGACUUGAAGAAACUCGUCCAUUCAGAAUAUAUCUACGCUCGCCUGAUUGAUUCCAUUGCCCCCAUGAUUUAUGGUCACCGGCAAAUCAAGAAGGGCAUACUGCUGCAGUUGAUCGGAGGAGUGAGCAAGAAUACAGAACAAGAAAACCUUCAGCUCCGUGGUGAUAUCAACAUUUGCAUUGUUGGUGAUCCAUCAACCAGUAAAAGCCAGUUCUUAAAGUAUGUUUGUUCGUUGCAUCCUCGAGCUGUUUAUACCAGUGGCAAAGCCUCAUCUGCGGCGGGUUUGACCGCGGCUGUUGUGAAAGAUGCGGAGACAGGCGAAUUCACGAUCGAAGCAGGAGCUCUCAUGUUGGCUAACGGAGGUGGUAUCUGUUGUAUUGAUGAGUUUGACAAGAUGGACCUUAGCGACCAAGUCGCGAUCCACGAAGCCAUGGAACAGCAGACAAUUUCUAUCGCCAAGGCUGGUAUCCAUACUACCCUCAACGCUCGUGCAUCCAUUCUCGCCGCAGCAAACCCUAUCGGUGGCCGUUACAACCCCAAGACUACGUUGCGUGGCAACCUGAACUUCAGUGCUCCCAUUAUGAGUAGAUUCGAUCUAUUCUUCGUGGUUCGUGAUGAUCCCAAUGAAACGGUGGAUCGCAACCUUGCGGAUCACAUUGUCAACGUGCACAUGAACCGCGAUGAAGCAGUCAACCCGGAGCUUAGCACUGAGCAAUUACUGCGUUACAUUCGAUUCGCAAGAACAUUCCGACCUGUCUUCACCGAGGAGGCCAAGGCCUAUUUGGUCGAGAAGUACAAGGAACUUCGUGCCGGUGACGCUCAAGGUGGCAUGGGCCGCUCCUCUUACCGUAUCACCGUUCGACAGCUUGAGUCCCUCAUUCGUCUUUCCGAGGCCGUUGCGAAGGCCAACUGUGUAGAGGAAAUUAUCCCUAACUUUGUGCGGGAAGCCUACGACCUAUUGCGACAGAGCAUGGUGACGGUUGAAAAGGACGAUGUUGAAUUUGACGAUGAUGUCAAUGCUGCAAGCGGCCGCGCCACUGAUGGAGACCAUGAGAUGGGUGACCGCGAUCGCGAAGGUGACAGCCCCAUGCGCGAUGACGGCGAGCCGUCCCAACAACCCCAGCAGCCACGCCCACGUACCAAGAUCACUUAUGACAAGUACAUGAAGAUCUUGAAUUUGAUCGUACGACGUGUCAGAGACGAUGAGUCGAUGUCCGGUGAAGGAGUUGAACAGGAAGAGCUAUUGGUCUGGUACCUGGAACAAGUCGAAUCUGAAUUGGAAACUGAGGAGGAUCUGGAGCAAGAACGCUCCUUGGCUGUCAAGGUUUUGAAGCGGAUGGUCAAGGACAACAUUCUGAUGCCUAUUCGUGGACAAGGUCUGGUCGACCCAGCUGAUGAGUCAGCACAAGUUGAGCGGACCAUCUACGUUAUGCAUCCCAACUGUGCCCUCGACGAGGAGUGAUCCUCUUCCUGAAGUGCUCGGGAUACGGCAAAGGCAAUGACUGGGAAUCGAUGAAAGGAGUAAAGGUGCCCUUGGUCGUUAUGAGUGAUGAGUUUCUGAUGUGAUUCUUGCAUGAAAUUAUUCGCGCAUUCUUGGUGGAGCAUAUGUGAUCUUGGGCUGAUGAGUCUGGAGUAUAUGGGUCACACAUUUUCUUAGAUCUUUCAAAUAUGAUAGCCCGUGACUUGCGGAUGUUUCCAAUUUAACAAACCUGCUACCGGGGCUUGUA